AUGAGAACGACGGCGAGUGACAUGUUGGAUGCACACGCCAACCUCCUCCCAUUCCCACUCCUGGUCGACAAGCACUGCCACCGUGCAGCCGUCCACCUGUGCAUUCUCCCUCCGGAGCACCCGCUACACGCGCAUGUGAAGACAGCGAGCACACGUUUUGUCAAACACCACUGCUCCCCAAUACAUGAACUCCUCCAUGCCUACCGACUACAACCGGACACCAUCGAGACGAUCUCCCCGGCCCGCUUCCCGCCAGCUUGGUCCCCCCCCUUCCAAGUCUCCAUUGCAGGCAGCAAAGGUGACGCCCUGAAGGAUGAAGCCCAAUGGGCUGAGAAACAAGGUAUUUGUGUCUACUCGGAUGGAUCGGACAUUGAUGGGGGAGUCGGAGCGGCUGCAGUGCUGUACAGACGAGACCGUGCGACCCCCAAGAUCCUACACUUCUACCUCGGAAAAUCCACAGAGCACACAGUGUACGAAGCAGAGGACGUCGGCCUUGUCCUAGCCAUCAGGCUACUCCAUGACGAGUUUAUCAUCUACACUGCCUUGUGUGCAGCAGACAAUAAGGCAGCCAUACAAGCAACUCAACUACGACGCCCCGCCCCCAGCCACUACCUCCUUGAUAUGCUGCACGAGGACAUCAAAUGA